AUGGAUGUUCACUCGCUCAAUAAAUUUUCAAUAUGUGUCGAUAUAGUGGAUGAGUCAGUGGCCGAAGCGUUGCCACCUGAGAUAGGAGAAAGCAACCACAUUCCGGUGAAACCAACAUCCGUUUCAUGUCAUAGUGAUGAAGCCGAGCAAAAUAUUAGUGUCGGCAAUAUCGGCGCGGAUUUUGAAAAGGUUCGCACUACUAGAAUGAAUGAUAGUGAGUUGUUUAUUGUCAAACAGUUGGAUGAAAUACACACUUGUUCUAUUGAAAUUAUUCAAGGUCACCAUCGCCAAGCCAGUAGUUGGAUGAUCGGGGAAUGUGUGAAAGUAAAAUUUGUGGAUCUGACAAGCACUUCAUAUCAACCUAGUGAGGUUAUGAGGGACAUGCAGGGUGAAUUUGAAGUGUCAUUCAAUUAUCUCAGAGCUUGGAGGGGAAAGGAAGCAGCCUUACACAACCUUUGUGGUGACGAUGCAGAAUCAUACCAAGUCCUACCUUCAUGGGGUGAAAUGGUGAUGAAGAAAAAUCAUGGACCAGACAUUCACAUUAAGACAUACGCAGAGGAUCGAUUAAAAUACUUCUACAUGUGCUUAGUUGCAUUGAAGCAGGGUUGGCCUCAUUGUCGUCCUGUAAUUAUUGUUGAUGCUUCAGCCUUAAAGGCUAGGUUUGGUGGAACAUUGCUUGCAGCAUGUGGCCAUGACGCAAAUGGCUCAAUAUUUCCAAUUGCAUUUUGUAUCAAGAACAAUGAUUUAUGGGAAUGGUUCUUCACCAAGUUACGAGAAUCAAUAGACAUGCGAGAUGAGCUUGCUAUUGUGGCUGAUAGGCAUAAGAGUAUUAAAUAUGUAGUCAUGAAGGUUUACCCAGAAGCUGAUUUUGGGAUAUGCGUUCAACACUUGGCUGGAAACUUGAAAGCGAAGUUUAAAAGUUUUAACAGCACUAUGAAGACGUAUUUCAAUGGUGCUUUGAGGACAUAUCUUAGAAGCGAGUUUUUCUGUCAGAUGGGAUUCAUCGAAAAGGGUAACCCUACCAUACACCGUUACCUUAUGGAUGCAUAUCCUGUAAAAUGGUCUCGCACAUUCUUCAAUGGACGACAGUACACAAUAAUGACAACAAACAUUACUGAGUCAUUGAAUAAUGUGGAUCGGAAAGCGAGGUUAAUGCCUGUAGGAAUUGUGAAUUAUAAGAACAAAAUCUACUUAGAAAAGCUGGAAAAUCAGAUUCUAUUAGAAAAACGUGACUGUGUCACACAAACCAACGUGUAUGAGUUACUCUCCCCAUCAUCUCUUUCGAGUUAUGUGUUUGAUCAUGCUAAAUUUGACUUGGAGAUUGAUAAUGCAGAUGAUUGCAACCUGGAAUCUGUAAUUUGUAGAAUAGAAGUGAUUCACUGA